GAAGGAUCUAGCGAAUAGUCGACGCCCAGCGGGCGCGGGCUCUUUGGCUGCUAUGGCUGUCUCGGAAUCCCGCUGUCGGAUUUGGUCCCUGUGUCCAGAGGUGCCAUCUGCCACCUUCUUCACUGCGCUGCUUUCACUACUGGUGUCCGCGCCCCGCCUGUUCCUGCUGCAGCCGCCCCUGCCGCCCUCCGGCCUCUCGCUGCGAUCCGAUUGCCUGCGCAACUGGCAAGUUUACAGGCUGGUGACCUACAUAUUUGUCUAUGAGAAUCCAGUCUCCCUGCUCUGCGGUGCUAUCAUCAUCUGGCGCUUUGCUGGCAAUUUUGAGAGAACCGUGGGCACCGUCCGUCACUGCUUCUUCACCGUGAUCUUCACCCUCAUCUCCGCUAUCGUCUAUUUGUCAUUUGAGGCCGUGUCAUCACUGUCCAAGCUGGGGGAGAUGGAGGAUGCCAGAGGUUUCACCCCAGUGGCUUUCGCCAUGCUGGGAGUCAACGCUGUCCGCUCUCGGAUGAGGAGAGCCCUGGUAUUUGGCAUGGUUGUACCUUCAAUGCUGGUGCCGUGGCUCCUGCUGUGUGCCUCCUGGCUCAUUCCCCAGACCUCUUUUCUCAGUAAUGUCUGUGGACUUGGAGUUGGGCUAGCAUAUGGCCUCACAUACUGCUAUUCCCUCGACCUCUCAGAGCAAGUAGCAUUGAAGCUUGACCAGAAGUUCCCUUUCAGCCUUAUGAGGAGGAUUUCAAUGUUCAAGUACAUCUCAGGCUCUUCAGCUGAAAGAAGGGCAGCCCAGAACCGGAAGCUAAACCCUGUACCCGGCUCAUACCCCACACAGAGUGGCCACCCUCACCUGUUUCCAAGCCACCCCAUUGCCCAGAUGCAGCAUACCAGUGACCACAAACUAGCUUCCUGGCCAGCCUAUGCUCCUGGUCACAUGCCCAGCCUGCCUCCCUACCAGCCUGCCUCCGGCCUGUGUUAUGUGCAGAACCAUUUUGGCACAACCCCUAACUUCUGUGUCUACCCAGGUUCCACAGGGGCCUCCUUAGGAGUACAGCCCCCUACACCCCUCAACUGCCCUGGCACUGAAUAUUCCGGGGCCCUGCCCACUCCAGAGACUACAGGUUCCAAGGAGGGCUCAAGGGUCCUGAUCCCCUAAUGGGAAAUUAUCUUACAUCUUGAUCUUUCUUUUUUUUUUUAAUAUAUCUUUAUUGAUUUCAGAGAGAGGAAAGGAGAGGGAGAGAG